GCCAAGGCCCGCCAUGUUCACCCGGGGGUCCCGGCGGCGGCGGUCGGAGCGAGACGCGGAGGAUCCGGAGCGGGGCCGGCCGUGCCGGGCGUGCCGAGAGCUCUGUCCCGGCUUCCAGGAGCACCCAUGGAGAGCGCCGUGUCCCCCCAGGAAGAUCUGCCAGCACUGCAAGUGCCCGCGGGGGGAGCACGUCGGAGGGGGGGUCCCCCCGGCCCUGCAGAGGGUCCUGUCCCGGCUGCUCCCCGACUCUCACCCCGCGCCCGGCUCCGAGGAUUCGGGGUGCUCGGCCGAGGAGUUCGCCUGGGCCCCCCCCGGCCUCAGCCCUGACCAGGUGUCGCAGUACUUCGCGGCGCUGCCGCCUGCGCUGGUGCCGCGGCUGCGCAGCCCCGGGGAGCGGCAGCGGCUGCGGGAGCUGCUCCGGCAGCUGCCCCCGCACGACCUGGAGCCACAGUUUUGCCACGACCUGGACGAGGUCGAACGUCGGGAAUUGAAACUUUUUGCCCAACGCCGGAAACGGGAAAAUUUGGGCCAAGGGAGCGUCCGACCCCUUCCCCUCACCAGCGCCGGGGCCGUCUGCCAGCAGUGCGGGGGCCCGGUGCGGGGAGGGGCGCUGGCGGUGUUCGCGGCGCGGGCGGGGCUGGGGCUGUGCUGGCACCCCCAGUGCUUCCAGUGCCACCAGUGCCAGCAGCCGCUGGUGGACCUCGUCUACUUCUGCCCCGGGGGGGCCGGGGGGCGGCUGCUCUGCGGGAGGCACCACGGGGACUCGCUGCGGCACCGCUGCCCCGGCUGCGACGAGCUGAUUUUCGGGGGUCGCUGGGCCGAGGCCGGGGGGCGCCGCUGGCACCUGCGGCACCUGCGCUGCCUGGAGUGCGAGGGACCCCUGGACCCCCAGAGCCUGCCCGGGGGGGGGCAGCCCCUGUGCCCCCCCUGCCGCGCCCGCGGCGCCCACCUGUGCGACACCUGCGGGGACCCCAUCGACCUGCAGGCGCCCCACGUCACGCACCGGGGGCAGCACUGGCACCCCCUCCCCGGCUGUUUCCGCUGUGCCCCCUGCGGGCUCCCCCUGCUCGGCCGCCCCUUCCUGCCCCGGGGGGGGCAAAUCUUCUGCUCCCCCCGCUGCGCCCAGGGACCCCCCCGCGCCCCCCGCAGCGCCCCCCAACGGCGCUCCUGGGGCGGGGGACCCCCAGCAGGGACUCCUGGUGACCUCUCCUGGUGACCUUUGACCUCUGCUGGUGACCUUUGACCUCUCCUGGUGACCUUUGACCUCUGCUCUCCUGUGGGGCCUUCGGUGCUGCCCCCUGACCUCUGCCCCCCCCAAGGCCGUGACCUUUGCACUGUGACCCCGCGGCCGCCUCAGGGACCCCCGGGCAAAGCUUUAAUAAAAUCGCGAGCGUUCGGC